CCUGCAAUUCUUGCUCCAAAGUACCAACUUUGAAGUUUAAUGGGAUACCAGAACAUCCUCCCUGAGGGCAAUGAAAGGUCGUAGAGGCCAGGGGUCAGUAAUCUGUAGCUGCAGGCCUCGGCUACAAAGCUGGGUCCCUCAAACCAAGUUGCAACUCUUUUGGUGUUGUAUGUAUUCUUUGCAAAGUUGUGUGUGUUUAGGGCUGCAGUUUGCCCUAAUGUGGACUCAUAAAGGGCACUUAAUCUUGGUUUCCUUGAGAAACAGAGGAAUGAGGCACCCCCAGAAUGAGGCACCACCUCUUCCUUGCCAGAGACACCUUAAGAAUUCACAGGAGGUCAGACCAGGGCCGAGAAUUCCCUGGAGGAGGGAGGAAGGAGCCCUGCACAGGCGGCUUGACACAUGGGCCCCACUCCUGCCUCCAGCUCUGACUCACCUUCUGACGCUUGGGGGAGGAGAAUAGCUGCUUGGUAUUUUUGGCUUUCCCCCAUAAAACGGGAGACAGUUGGCUUCAUUCGAGUCUUCUCAGCAUCCUUUUCGAGCGAGCGCAGCGCCGCUGGGCUUAGUUCUCCUCGGAAACCUUUGAUACUGGCUGACUGCAGAUCUGAUUUGUAUUCACUGUAACCAGCACUGCUCCCAAGACUUUCUGGAUCUGGACCAAGGGCUCCAGCUCACUGGAAAUCCUUAGCACGAAGGAGGCUGCAGUCUUGGGUUCCCUGGUGGAGGACGGACUCCACUGCUCUCGGGUCUUGCCCCCUGAUGAUGAUAGUGUGACCACAGGCAUCUUCAUGAGCUCCAGAGGUCACAGCACACUCCCACGGACUCUCAUGGCUCCUCGGAUGAUUUCCGAGGGAGACAUAGGAGGCAUUGCUCAGAUCACCUCCUCUCUCUUCUUGGGCAGAGCCAGUGUGGCCUCCAACCGCCACCUCCUCCAGGCCCGUGGCAUCACCUGCGUCGUCAACGCAACCAUCGAGAUCCCCAACUUCAACUGGCCCCAGUUUGAAUAUGUUAAAGUGCCUCUGGCUGACAUCCCUCAUGCCCCCAUUAGACUGUACUUUGACACUGUGGCCGACAAGAUCCACAGCGUGAGCAAGAAGCACGGGGCUACCUUGGUGCACUGUGCUGCAGGCGUGAGCCGCUCGGCCACCCUCUGUAUCGCGUACCUGAUGAAAUUCCACAACUUGUGCCUGUUGGAGGCAUACAACUGGGUGAAAGCCCGGAGGCCUGUCAUCAGGCCCAACCUGGGCUUCUGGAGGCAGCUGAUAGACUACGAGAGCCAGCUCUUUGGGAAGUCUUCGGUUAAGAUGGUACACACACCCUAUGGCAUCAUUCCAGACGUUUAUGAGAAGGAGUCCCGACACUUGAUGCCUUAUUGGGGGAUUUAGCGUUGCCACAGCUGGCAUCCACAGCCCCUCAGCAGUACCAGCAUCUGCCACUCACCAUCUGUUCCCCUCUUCCUCUCUCUGGUUCUCCCGAGAAUGUUUCUACACUGGGUGUUCGGGUUUAAGAGAUGCGGAGGGGAAAUAUGUACGUUACUAGUGACGUUUUUUUAAAAAACUAGCAUUUUGAAAUAGUGAACAUGAAAAUCUUUAACUGGCCUUUAAUCAUUUGUAACAACUGGAACAGUGUAGGACACUGUUCCUGCUUUCUUUCUGGCUCCCGCAUUUUAGGAGCCUUAGAAGGUGCAGGAGGAGCCUGAUUAACCCUCUAGAGACCAGCUUUGCCAAGGGCUGCAGGCUGGACAGUUUAGGGAAGAUCAAGGCCAGCUCAGUCCCUGCCGGGUUAGCCUGGUCCUUUUCCUCUGUUAUUUGAUUCUAUAAGUUAAGUUCACCAUUGUUUAGUUGAUAAGUGGUUAUGAUAAAACCUGUUGCAAAGACCCUCUUGAACUCAGUGUGCCCUGGGAUCACAUUAGCGUUAUUUUUAAUAAACUUGCUUAUCACAAGCCCUUUACUAAUCA